AAAGUGCAGCUGAACUCCCUAAUAUCUUGUAUAGAUGAUAGAUGAUUUGUUGAGUAUAGAAGAAAGAAACCAGAUAACCACUGGUUGUAUGUGACUACAUAUUGCUUGCUUCACCAUUGCACAGGUACAUUCCUUUGCCUUGUCUGAAUGUGCCCAGCUCUCUCUGGAAUGUGGGGCUGUGAGAUCAGAAGGAAGCUGCAGGACGUUCCCCCUUAGCUCCCGGCAGCCUCCUGGCACCAGGCCAAUCCCCAUGACUGACCCAUGCCACCUUUCUCUCCUGCAGCCUACUUCUUCCUCCAGGUGAUCCAUGCCAGGCGCACGUUUGGCAUUUCUCCUCCCAGCAUCUCAGGCCCACCUGAAUUUGAACGGAUCUUUCGAGCACAGGUGAACUCCUCAGAGUAUUUUCCCAUUUUUGUGGCACUCCUGUGGCAGGCUGGACUCUUUUUCCACCAAGGUCUGGCUGCAGCCCUGGGCCUGCUCUAUCUUUACUCCCGCUACUGCUACUUUAUGGGAUAUAGAGCAUCAUCCUCAGACAGGCUCACCCCCAUCUACUUCAGCACCGGCAUUCUCUGGGUGCUCGUCGCAGCAGCGACCCUGGGCCUCCUGCAUUUCUUUCUCUCUCACUAUGUGGGUCUGAAUGUCCUCCGGCUGCUUGCAGCGUGAUGCUCCUGGCCGUCACUGGCAUCACCACUUCAUACCUGCCCCCAUCUACAAGCCCACCUCACCAUGCUUCCAACACCUGUGCAGAUGGCAGAGCCACAGGGCCAUUCUGAAGGCUGUUUGUGCCCAGCACUCCAUGCCUAGCUGCUCUGUAUGACCAAUGGCCAAACCUUCUCCAAAGCAAGGAGAAUUUUUGGAAAACAGGAGAAGUAAACUCUUCUCAGCCCAGCCAGCCUCCCAUGGUGCACAGCCAGGAAGAGAAUUUCUGAGGAAGCACCCACAAGCUGGGGCAGGGCAGAGACAAGGGGCGAUCCAGAGGAGGUCCCUGCACAUUGCUGGCUGUGCUGCACCAGUGUUGCUGCACACAACAUGCUCAAGAGCUGCUGCCAAUAAAAGGAUGCUGAGCUUGCUGA